UUUUUUUUUUAAUUUUAUGAGGGCACAAAUAAUAAUUCCGGUACUCAAAUUCGUUUAUACUUUCACUUUAUAGAAUAUAUAUUUUGUUGUGUAAUAUUAUUUAUACAACAACAAACUCCUCUCCUUUAUUCACUCUAGAACCUUUUUUAUAUAUAUUCUCUCCUAUUUUAUUUUUAUUUUACUAGUCUACAUAAUUAACUACUUAUCCACUCACUUAACUAUAUACAUACAUACAUAAGUAUACAUAUACACAUAUAAAUAUAUAUCUUUGCUUUGCUUUGCUUCGUUUUGCUUUAUUUAUAUAAUGACUCAACUAGAAUCAACUAUUGUUUCAUUACCAUCUCCAAAUCAAACAAUUCUGAAAUGUAGUUCCUGUCAACAAUCUUUGGAGGGAAACUUGGCACGCGCUCUAGAUGGUGUUUAUCAUUGGAAAUGUUUCCGUUGCUUUGAUUGUAAUGAACCUGUUGCAGAGAAAUUUUUCCCUUUUGAAUUUGAAGACGGCAUUCAAAAACCUCUUUGUGAAAAAGAUUACUAUAAAAGAUUAGAAUUAACUUGUAAUGAUUGUGGGGAUGCUCUACAUGGUUCUUAUAUUACUGCUGUUGGUAAAAAAUUUCAUUUAGAGCAUUUUCGCUGUUGUAUAUGUACAAUGGUUCUUGGUCCAUGCGAUUCUUAUUAUGAACAUGGAGACGAUGUUUAUUGUGAAUUUCACUAUUCGAUUCAACACGCUACUAAAUGUGCCGGUUGUCAAUGUUUAAUUCUUCAACAAUUUGUCGAGAUCAAUAGAAACAAUAUAGAUGAACGUUGGCAUCCCGAAUGUUAUAUGAUACAUAAAUUUUGGAAUGUUAGAUUAGGUCAAACAUUUGAAGACAUUGCUGAAGAUUUAAAUGAAAACAAUCUCAGUCAAAUGUCUCGAAGUGAACUUCGUGAAUUUCAUGAAAAAAACGAAGAAAAAAUAUAUAGAAUUUGGACAAUUUUAUCUGCUUUUGAAGAAUCCGCUGCUGGCUGUAUUUCAGAUAUGUUAUUAAAUUUUUCAGAAGGCAAUUAUGUUGAAGGUGUAAAAAUGGCAGAUUAUUUCGUAAUCCAUGUGGACGUUUUAUUUACAGCUAUCGAUAAACUGGCCAAAUAUUACCAUGAAGAAAUCAAUGAGAAUUUACCUUAUGAUCGAGAAACAACCAUGCUUUGUAAAAAAGUAUCAAAUUUCUUUUUUCUUUUAUCAAAUACUCAGCGAAAUGAGACUCAUCAGAAGAUGAGUAUCACUCAAGAUCUUCUUACUCUCGUCACCGGUCUUGCUCAAUAUUUAAAAGUCUUGAUUCGUAUUGGCUUGACAGGUUCCUUACGAUUAGAUAAAAGAAAGAAUAAGAAAUCAAAUGCUGUUAGUGAAUUCUUAAGUCAACUGAUGGAGUUGGCCAAUAAAAAGAAACGUAUUUUGAAGGAAGAGGACUCUUCAGUUCCUUCUAACUUGUGCCAACUUUGCCAUAAGAUGUGUGAAGAGGAUGGCUUUCGAUAUGAAAACCUUCUUUGGCAUUAUUCAUGUCUUUCUUGUGCUGGAUGCGGUUCAAUUUUAACAACAGAUUACUUGGAUGAUACAUUCAACACAGGAGAUAAAACAUAUACUACACUAUGUCGAAAAUGCAACACCACAACCGGCCUUGAUUUUCGUGAGGUCUUUAAGAAUGACUUGACUUAUAGAUCUAAAUUAAAGCAAUCUUCAUUCUUAUUACAUAUUGCCUUGCAAAGAUUAAAUGUAUCCUUAAAUGGUCCUUCUGAAAUAUUAGGAACCAAACAACAAAUGUCUAACUUUCAAAGAUCUGUAAUGGAUCGAAAGCCAUUACCUUUACAGAAACAAGAGAUUAAAGAAAAAUACAUACCAGAAUUGAAUCAUGAAUUAAAAGAAAAACUAGAACUUCCACAAGAACACCAAUACAAAUCAGAGUACUCCUAUCCUCAGUCAUUAUUACACAAAUAUCAGCCUACACCUUUACCUAGUAGUUAUCCAUCCACAGUCUGUCAAGAACAGCCUACAAAUGAAGAAAUUAACCUAAAUGAUAUUAAACGUAUGAAAUCAAUACACUUGAAUCGAAAGCAUACAAAUUCACAUCGUGUUGGUAAACGUUCAACCCUGAUGGAAAUCCCUAGUCCAACCACUGCCUUUUUAUCCAAUCAGUUUGAUGAAGUAAAAGGCACUCAUGAUCCUCUAUCUCGUAGUCAUCUCACAACGGUCUUGAAUAAACAAAUCUCAGGUCAACCACAUGAGUUCGUCAUGGACUAUGAUCCAUCACGACUCUCUAUGAAUGUGCUACGUCAACAACAACAACAACAACAACAACAACAUACAUACACAAAGCCUAUUCCUAAGGCAAAGAGUUUUUAUUUUGCCGAAUUAGGAACUUUACAACACUUUAUGUUAAAACGUGUUGCAGUCAUGUAUCUACAUGAAAUCCUCCACGAUCAUUUUACACUUGAAGAGUUAGCAGGUUUAAUUGAUGAACAACAAAAUCCUACCUUUUGGGGUAAAUUCGUUACCAGUUUGAAAGCGAGCGGACGAAAGAAAGUACCAAAACCAAAAGAAGGAACAUUUGGCGUACCCAUUGAUAUCUUGGUCGAUAAAAAUGGAAUUGAAUCCAAUUUAGGAUUAGGGCCUACUCGAAUGAUUAAAAUCCCUUCCUUUAUUGAUGAAUGUGUAACAGCUAUGAAACAAAUGGAUAUGUCAGUGGAGGGUAUCUUUCGUAAAAAUGGCAAUAUUCGUCGCUUAAAGGAACUGUGUGAUGAUAUUGAUAAAAAUCCAGGAUGUGCUCAAUUUACCAAUGAGACUCCAAUUCAAAUAGCAGCUUUAAUAAAAAAAUUCUUGAGAGAAUUACCAGAUCCUCUUUUGACAUUUAAACUACAUCGAUUAUUUAUUGCAGCAUACAAAUUGAAAUCAGAAGCAGAUCGUAAACGUGUGAUUCAUUUAAUUUGUUGUCUUUUACCUAAAGCCAAUCGUGAUACAAUGGAAGUCUUGUUUAUAUUCAUGAAAUGGGUUGCACAAUUUGCCGAGGACGCUGAAGGAGGUGGAAGUAAGAUGACAGUUGAAAACUUGGCGACCGUGAUUGCUCCUAAUAUCUUGUAUUCAAAAAGUAAAGACCCUCAAAAGGAUGAAUCCUUAUGCGCUAUAGAAACUGUAAACCUUCUAAUACAAAAUGCUGAAGAAUUUGCAACCGUCCCUGAAGAUUUUAUCCCUCUUUUACAAAAUUUAACAGGUGAAGAAAGUGAAUUGGAAUUUCGACGUAUAGAAAAAAUUUUCCAAACAUUUCUAAAUAGAAAUUAAACAAUGUAAUAAACAAAAAAAA